GGUUGUGCCUGUUUUGCCGUAAAAAUUGAUCGUAAACUUGUUUUUAUGACGUUUAUUGAUUGGGUUUUGGAAUAAUAAUCAAUAUUGGAAGAGUUACAUUUACUUACUGAAUUACCUGAGACUAUUAUUUUACGAAAAACUUUGUAUUUAGAAUGAGUCAGUCUGGCCCGUGGAAUGUACAAAGUGUUCAUCAAGAAAAACCUCCAGGCGUUCAGUUGUAUGAUCCAAACAGUUUUCACAAUCCAGAAGUCACUCCAGUAUCGGAAGGCUAUCCGGUACAAAAUUCUGUAGGUGGUAACAAUUUUGACCCACAACAUGCGCAAACAAAAGGUCAGAUGAAUCCAAAUUAUAAUCAGCCGUUUGAUUAUAGUCAACAAAAUCAAGGCAAUGCCUGGAACCAUAACUGGCAAGCAAGUUCAAAUAUCAUUUCUAAUGAGCAUGCAAAUAGCCAGCAAUCGGGAAAUCUCCAGACAGAUCAGCAUGGAAUUCAGCAACAAAAUCAGCAGUCAAAUCAGUGGCAGAAUUGGGAUCCAACCACUCAGCAGUACUGGCAGGACCAAACUUGGGGAGAUCGAGGUGACUCGGUCUCCAACUUAGCACUGGGGCAUGGUGAAAAUCCCCAUCAGAAUGUACAGCAGAGUAUGCCGCCUGCUCAGAACUGGGAGUCGGGAGUUAAUCCACAACCCCAGUCUUCCGAGUUCACAUAUCCUGCUUCCACACAGAGUCAAAAUGAUUAUUCAUCUCAACACUCUUAUCCUCAGAAUAAUAUUUCAGGUUUUCCUCCUCAGAUGCAUGCUAAUCCACAGGAAGAGACAUAUCGGCAGAAUGUUCAUGGUGUGUACGGAAAUAAUUUCUUUCAACCAAAUAGUAUGAAUGUUUCUCAGGGACACGUUGAUGUAUCAGCACACUUUGACCAGCAGAGUUUAAACAGUGUGGAUGAUGGACCGGCUUCAUUGACCCACAGCGUGGCAUCUUCCCAUGAAUACCAACCAUCUGCAUUUCCUGUAUCUCAGGAGAAUCCUCUUCCGUUGUCACAGAGAUUUGAAGAUUCUAUGGCAUCAAGUGACCUAGCACAACUGUCUGAGACAUCAAGUAUGAUCGAUCAGUCGACUUCGUUGAGUCAGCUUGAUCAGUCUCACUCGUCAAGUCAUUUAGAGGAGUCGGUCAGUUCAGAGGGAGGAACAGUUGCAGGAUUCUUUUGCAAAGAUGAUUCAGAGGAUAUACCAACCAAAAUAGGAGAUAAUUAUUUAGGAAAUCAAUCUGAGAUGCACCAACAUAUAUCAGACUUUGGUGAUAGCAGCUUGGCAAAAACCAGUUAUUUUAAUGAGGCGCCUGUCGAGAAUGUUCAUAAUGAUGUGAAGUCGAUAUCGGAUCGUUUUCAAAAUGUAUCUCUUUCAAACAAAGUUCCAACCAAUGAUAAAAUAGAAUCUUCAGAGUUAUUUUCACAAAAUGUUUUGUACAAUAAUACAAACCGAAGUGCGCUAAUAACACCUGAUAAAAGCAAUUUGCAUCAGUCGGAUGGCAAUUCUCAAGCAGUUACAGUAUUGGAGGAGGAUCAACAGACAUCAGCUUUAAAUGACUGGGAGCUUAUUCCCCGUGAAAAUUCUCAGCAUAGCUUUGAAAGUGAAAAUGUUGCUGAAAGUAUUUCAUUCACAGAUGGAGCACUGUCGGCAGCAAAUACCUUUAUUGCUCCUGCGUCAUUUAAACCUGAGACGGUUUCAUCAGAAAACCGGCCACCUCCUUCACUAUCAACCAAUGCACCAGCAAGUAGUAAUGCUGUGUAUACCGAUGUCAGUAAAUUACCUGUGGAUCCAUCGGGCAGUUCUCUGUCUGCCAUGCCACAUCAGCAGAAUAAUACCUUGUCUAAAGUCAGUCCUGUGAUAUUUAACCCCGACCCUAGUAAGGUGAGCAGUCCAUCUAAGCCUGAAGAUGAAUCUUACACAUCUCCAUUAUUAACAUCAAGGUUGUCUUCCCAACGACCCACAACUACUCAAAACCAAGUAGUGAGCAGUACCACAGUUCCAUUUCAGCCAAAUACUUCAGUAGAUUCACAGUCACAUUUGACUUCCACAGAGGGUGUGAAUAAUUGUGUUAAUGUUUCUAAAUCAACCAAUCCCAUUCCACCAGUUCCAGGUAGUAGUGUAUCAAACACGGAUUCUAAAUUGGCCCCAGUUCUUGGGAACAGAAAACCGGUCCCAGCCCAUAUACCUGCUUACCGUCAACACCCAUCUGCAUUUCACCCAGUCACUAGUCGCUCUCAGCACAAUAUGUCACCUGCUACCAGCCUGUGGGAUAAUGUGGAACCUCCUGCAAUGGGAAUAAUCUUGGCACCGGCUGCACCUUUAACUAAUGCUGAAAGCACCACAGCAGCUACAGCAACUUCUGCAGGAUUGCCAGUCAUUCCAAUGACAACAGCAUUGGAAUCCAAAUUAAAGAGCUCCAGUCACGUAUCAUUACCAAAAAGAGAGGUUGUUAAAGACAGCAGAAGGCAGUCUGAGAGUAGUCGUGUGAAAGGUGAAGUGGGUGAUGAACUUUCUGACAAGUACAAAGCACACAUCCGGAGGAACAGCCGAGACAUGCUGGUUAGAGAAGAUGACAACCGGUCGAUCAACUCUCUGGACGAGAUUGAUGCCAAGGCAGAUUAUGGGGAUGGUGGUUACGGCCGGCUCCAUGAGCGGUAUGCUUACAGAGAUCCCCGUUACGAGGACCCAUACAACAGGCACACAGGCCAGAUGGGAGGGUAUCGAGAUUAUCCGCGACACUAUUACCGAGGUCAGCGAGACUACUAUAACAACCCUUACUAUGAUGAGAGAUAUGACAGGCCCAGAUCUAGACAUGAUCAGAAUCGGCCCGCCUCCAGACCCUCAUCCACUUCAGUGGAUGACGGCAACCAGACGCAGAUGCAUGCUGACUACAGCCGUGACCAGUACAAACAGUGGGAUAGAUAUCGAGGCUACUACAACUACCAUGGCCAAAGACAUGAAGACCAUGAUGCAUACUACCGGUACUACCAGCAGCACGAUGCCCGCUAUAAUUCUGCAUACUACGAUGAGCUCGGCUACGCUAGAUACGGACAGGCCUAUGAUCCCAGAUUGAGUGACUAUUAUUCUCAGUUUGGGGCACCAUCUACUGAUGAUUAUGAUAGAGCAAGUGUUCAUAGUCAGUCUCGGGGAAACACCCCUGCUCUAGAUGAUACUGGCAGACAAAGUGCUGAUUAUUAUGGCCAUCACUCUCGAUCAUCAAGUCGCCAUGGUUACAAUGAACCUGAACGUUCACAGCAAGGUUACGGGUCCUAUGGCUACGACAACUACGCAUACGGCUAUGACUCUUACUACGGUCAAGGUAGCUACUACCAAGGUGAUUACUAUCAACAAGUUGAAAAGCCUACCGGCAGGUUGACACCACCAAAGUACAGCAUCCCGCACGUGAGGGCGUGUUUUGGUCCGAACGGUCAGCUGGUGAAGGUCCUCCCAAACCGGCCAGCCGAUGGGCAGCCUGCGCUGGUACAGGUUGAGGAGCUGGGCCUCGUGUUGUCCGACACUAGAGAAGCAGAUGAUCUCAAGACAUUCCCCGGCCCCCUCACACAAUCCGACACCCACAAGACCGAUGUGUUAUGCUACUGUCAACAGAAGUCCAAACAGUGUGCAGAAGAUAUAAACAUGUUAGACAGGGAGUCCGCCCAGCUGAUGUGGAAACUACUGGAACGUCUCAUCAAGCAAAACGGGACUGUGAUAGGGACUGAUAUAGCUGACUUGCUGCUGGAGGACCAUGAGCCGUCCACACACGAGUACAGCAUGAUCGGGAUGAAGAUCUCCCGCAGUUUGGAUGAGCUGGACACGCCAGAUGAUGACAAUGAUGAAGAAAGCACUCCUAAAAACAAACUGGAAGUUGACCGAUCUCUCGUCACCAGGUCCACUGUGCUGGAGGAGGCAACUGACCGCUUCAGAAAUCUGGUGCUUUAUGGAAGGAAAAAGGAUGCUUUGGAGUGUGCCAUGAAAAAUCACCUAUGGGGUCAUGCCUUGUUUCUAGCCAGCAAAAUGGACACCAGGACACAUGCUAAUGUUAUGAUCAGGUUUGCGAACAGUGCUAUGAAGAUGAACGAUCCUCUGCAAACUCUCUAUCAGCUGAUGUCUGGACGUCAGCCGGCCGCUGUCACAUGUGUAUCCGAUGAGAGGUGGGGCGACUGGAGACCUCAUCUUGCGAUGAUCCUGUCAAACCACUCAUCCAAGCCAGAUCAUGAUCGGAAAUGUAUCUCUAUCCUUGGAGAUACACUAGCAUCUAAGGGAUGUUUGCAUGCCAGUCAUUUCUGCUACAUCAUGGCCCAAACAGGUUUUGGGACAUUCAGCAAGAAAACAUCCAAGCUUGUGUUGAUUGGAGCAAGUCAUAAUUUGCCACUGGAACAGUUUAUAACCAAUGAAGCCAUACAGUGUACAGAAGUUUAUGAGUAUGCCCAGUCACUCAGCAAUCCAACAUUCUUUUUACCACUUUUUCAGGUGUACAAGUUUAUAUAUGCUGCUAGAUUGGCAGAGUAUGGCUUUCCACAAGAGGCUCUACAUUACUGUGAAGUGAUCUCAACAGCAGUGCAGCACUCACCAGCCUGGUUCCAGCCAGCCUUUGUCAAAGUCUUGUAUGAGAUGGCCAAUCGUUUGAAGUUCCAUGAUCCUCAGCGACUGCAGGAGGGCGACGAUGCCGAUGAUGCUGUCUGGUUACAACAGCUGCACAGGAUUUGUCUCGGCUACGAGGAUGGGUCAAUACAGCCGGUGUCUGGUAACGCCACUCCAGCGUUCAUGGUGGGAACAUCGGCCAGCAGUGACAGUGGUGACGUGAACUACACUGGUACACAGGACUACUCGACUGCGGCCUAUCAGCAGGAGCAGCAGGGCAGUGGCUACCAGUUUGGAAGUCAUCAGCAGACCGAUGCGGGUCAGUACGCGAGUCAGCCUGCUGGACAGCCUGGACACACCGGUCAGAUUCCAGACAUACAGAAUACAGUGUACAGCAGUCAGUGGCAGAGUCAAUAUGGCACUACUUACGGUUACCAGGCACCAAGUGAUGAACCUGCACAGACUGACAAUACUGGAAUGUCCGAAUACCCAUCUACAACAGGUUAUGAGAACACCGGGUCACACCCUGACCCAAUUCAGUCCCAGUAUCAGACUGAUGGAACGCAGUCUCACCGUGGCAGUUUCGACCAGUACAGCCAGGACGGCAUGUCACAGACUCACCGCGGAAGUGUUGACCAGUACAGUGGGGUUGGUCGACUUCAGAGUCAGCGAGGUAGCGUUGUGUCCACUCACAGCUUGGACGUGCAGAACGAAGAGGCUCUUGACCCAUCGCAAGCCACAACGCAAGAAGGCAAUUCAUCCGCAUUCGAUUACUUUGCUGCUGCUACUGGGCAGAUUGUUGCUCCUCCUUCCCGAUUCAGAACGACAUCUGAGAGUAGUUCCGUGAAUGCUUCCAGUGGAGGUCGGCGCAGAACUAUCUCAGGCAGUAGUACUGGUAGUGUGAAAGCGGCUAACUCUUCAAAAUCAAGAAGUGCUUUUGACGUGCCUAAGUCUGUUAAAGAAGAGAAAUCGCCACAAAAGUCGAAGUCAAAUGACAAGAACAAUAAAGGUUGGUUCAGUGGGAUCUUUGGCUGGAAGUCCAAGAAGAAUGAAAUGAUCCUACCAGAUGACAAAAAACCAACGAUUGUGUGGGAUGAGACCAAGAAGCGUUGGCUGAACACUGAUGCAUCUGUAGAGGACACACAGGCUCCCGAAGUUAAACCACCAAAAGACACAGAGCUUUUAGGAAAUCUACAUGGAGCCAGUGAAGAGUCGUCUAUAGCAACCAGCAAUUCUCCUUCAGCUAACAGAUUUUCCAGGCAGAAUCGCAGAGAUGUUGGUGCCAGAAACCAGUACGUGGAUGUCCUGAAUCCCAAGUCAUCAGGUAGUUCAGUCAAAGUGCCAAGCAGCUUGUUUAAUGUGAUGCCAUCUGGUGAUACUCCCCCACCUGCUCAAAUAUUUAACCCUUUGAAUGCGUCCUCCACCUCUAGUCAGUCUACAGUGCCAUCAACUGUCCAGCCUCACGCGUCCAGUCGUCUGGAGCCACCUGCUCAAGAUGAGCAUGUAUCACGUUCCAGCUCUAUGAGCUCUCUAUCGCGAGAAGUAGAGCAACUCACUAUGCAGCCUACGAGUGAGAAUUCAGCACUUCAAGCAACCACAUCAGGACCAGUACUGUUCAACCCUACUCAGUUCCAGAACCAACAACAUGCGGCCAGCAAACCAGGCUCGGGCAUGAAGUAUGGCCAGAGGAGACAGUAUCCCAAGUAAAACCUUCUAC